ACACCGUAGCAGCGUCUUAUUUUAGGUGUUUGCAUAUACGCAGGACGUGGUACAUCGCGCUGCACGGCUGUCCUUUUUAAAUUAGCAGCCACCUGAUACCAUAUUAGAGGUGUGCAACUUGUGUCGUAGUUGUUAUAGUAAUGCAAAUUACAGGGAGCAACCCUUUCCUUUGAUGAAUGCGGAUGACCAGUCACCUCGGGGAUGCCGCCUAAGCGCAAGGAUUUGACCUCAGUUGUGCAUAUUGGCCAAGAGUAUAAAGUUGGAGACUGCAUCCUUAUCAACCCAGAUGCGGACGCACCGGCCUAUAUUGGGCGCAUUAGGAGGAUGGUGCAGCGGAGCUCCAUUCCUAACGAUGUGGAGCUGGAGGUGACCUGGUUCUACCGGCCCGAGGAGGUUAUCGGUGGCCGGAAGAUCUUCCAUGGCGAGGCGGAGGUGUUCGAUUCGGACCACCAGGACAAGGUUCCGUUGGGGUCCGUUCUGGGCCGCUGCUUCAUCCACACCCUGGAGCGAUACGAGAUGCUGCAGGAGCACAAGGAGAACGACUUCUACAGCCGCAUGAAGUACAGGUCGCGGACGCAGCAGUUUGAGCCGGACCAGGUGCCCAUUUACUGCACAUGUGAAAUGCCGUACAACCCGGACCGGCCCAUGGUGAUGUGCACCGCCUGCGAGGACUGGUUCCACCCGAAGUGCCUUCGGCUGGGCCCGGAGGUGUUCCAGGAUGCUCACUUCACGUGCCCAACCUGUGCGGAGCGGUCAGCGGGCAGCCGGGCGGUUGCGGAGUAGCAGUAGCCCAGGGAGCUGGUAAAUUGAAGUAUUCGCUUACUGCGAGACCCCUUACUGCAGUCUAUGAGAUUUAGGAGGGAUUACUAUCGUUAUCGGACGGGGUUGUGCGGGUUAAACUGGAUGGAUCCCUGGUUUAGAGCAGUUUAACAGUUCCUAUCAGUUUCUCCACUCUAAUUUAAUUCGCUUGCCUAAAAUCUAGUAAAUUCUGGCAGGACGGCGAUGUCGGCAACAGCAUUUUGAUUCGGAGUCGUUGUGGGGCGGGUGGGUAGCGUGCGCCUUCGAUGUCCCAGGAGUGCCCAUGUCGCUAAUGCAGUUUGCAGGUGCGCUUGUAGUUCACUUUUAGAUGCGCUUUACGUUUCGCUUACUGGUUCCGACGUCUCAAAACGAUUGCCUAGUAGGAUGGACAAGGGUUUACGUUGCUUAAACCAAGGGCACGAGCAUUUUCUUGCGCAAGACCUCUGUAUUAGGUGUUGGGAGUGUGGCCCAAAAGGCACAGAACCACAAAGUGACAUGGAGUUGGGAAGUCAAGAAGAGUUUCUCCUCUAUUCUUAGCAAGCGCAUCAUGCUUGUGAUAGUAUGUAUGCAAUGUGCUUGUAACGCUCUGCACGAG